AUGGAUCGAUCAAAGUUGAAAGAAUUGGAGUUGGAUGGAGAUGAGAGCAAAAGGCGAGAGGGCGAAUGGCUGAUUCAAAUAAAACAGGGCAUUCAAGCCAACCAAACCAUUGCCCGCCCUUCAACCGUCUGUAUCUUCACCGUCCCCAAAAUCCUCGUGGACCAGAAGCCCGAUGCUUAUCUUCCUCAGGUGGUCUCCAUUGGGCCCUGCUUCCAUUGCAUUAUAGAUUUCUCCGACAUGGUCGACCAGAAGCAGCGCGCUGUUCAAAGAAUCACCAAGCGCCUCCAUGGAAAAACAGACAUUUAUUCCGUGGUCGCAGAGAUUAAGACAAUGGACGGCCAAAUCAGAGGUAACUACCAGAAAAUCAUCAACUGCGACUCUGAAACUCUAGCGUGGAUGAUGCUUUUAGACGCUUCCUUUCUUUUAGAGCUUCUCAGGACUCUCGCAGGCAAAGAUCAAUCCGAUUCUUCUGGCGGUACAUAUUUCGAACCUCUUUUCGACGAGAGUAGAGUUAAGUCGGUCGGAUUCGCAGUACUGGGGGACAUCGUGAAGUUGGAAAAUCAAAUUCCCCUGCUUGUCCUGAACAAGAUGUUACAACUGGAGGGCAGAUCUGAAAAAGAAGCGAAGGCCAAGCUGUUCGACUUGCUCUUAAACGCCGCUGCUUCGUUUUUCCCGUUCAAAUACCUGCAGAUUUCACGAUUUGAACUCGAUUCCCCCUUCAUUGGUCGGGAACAUUUCUUGGGUUUCUUGCAUGGUUUAAUCCUCUCUUUCUUUUCCGGAGGCCGGAGUUCAUCUCUGCCUAUUGUACAGACCCGGAAUAAUCUCUGUAAUCACGUUUUGCCCUCCGUAUCGAUGUUAAGCAAAGCAGGAGUACACAUUCGCCCCUACACGGGAGACGGUGGCAUGGCUCUGAGAUUUGAUAGGGAAGCCUCUACUCUGUACCUUCCCAUCAUAAUGAUAUCUGAAAAUACUGAAACUGUUUUGAGAAAUCUGAUGGCCAUGGAGGCGUUUCUUCCGUCGGAGUUGCAGGUUGUGUCUUGCUAUGUGGGUUUGAUGGAUAGUUUGAUAUACUCGGAGCAAGACGGGACUACACUGAGGAUGGCAGGGGUGUUUUAUAUCUACGUGGGAAAUGAUGCAAAGGUGGCUGAGUUGUGGGAGAAUCUGUGUAAGGGAAUGGCCAUAUCUUCUCUUGAACCGCUCAUGGCUGUGAAGAAAGAGAUAAUUGAGUGUUACAGGAGCAAAUGGAAGACGGGAUUACUCGAGUUUUUUGUCAACCAUUUUACAAGGCGCUGGCGUACCAUAGUAUCUUUGUUCGCUGCAACUUUUAUUUUUCUCUUCACGUUUGUUCAAACCCUCGCGUCCAUGUAUGGCUUCUACAGGGGUUCGUGA